AUGCAAGAAAGUUCGUAUCUAAAUCAGAUUACACAUUCUAUGAUUGAACAACAGCUAAAUAAUAGCUCAGGCUGCCCACCUCAAAUCUGCCUCGAGCGGCAUCCCGUUAACAAAAAGCCCGAGCAUCAGCAAGCACAUCAUCAUCCUAACGAGGGUGACCAUCAUCAGCCUGUGGCUAGCAGCCAGAAGGAUCGCGAUGAUGACGACGACAAACACCACGAUCAUGGUGAUCAUGGCAAUGACAAGAACCCCAAGCAGCCCAGGCAGCCCGGGAAUGAAUAA